GAUCCAAUCUUUCUGGGUCUGCCAAUAACGGUUCGACUUCAUGUGGAUGGUACUUUUCCCAAAUAUGCGCUGACGGGAAUCCUGGAGAUCGAACCAAGUCCCUGCCCCGAGGAAUAUCCUAUCCGUAAGAAGAAAGGGAAUGUCUACAUGCUCUUAAACGGUUUUGCGUAGGUAUCACGGACUAUAAUCAGGUUAUCCCACAGAAGCAAAUAAAUCCUUCCACGGCUUUAUCUACACCGUCCAGCGCGUUCGGGACCGUUCACUGUUCCUCUGAAUCUAGACCUUCAUACCUGUCCAGGAGAGCAGCACUGAGGAGUUAUUGCCACAAAGCAGCGUGCUUGAGUUGGAAUAGGGGCUUCUGUCCUUUUUGAUGGGAGCAUUUGACGACGUCAUUUAAUAGGGUUUGUAACUGUAAAUGUCCCUACAUACGCGUUUUGCACCGGGGGAACCAACUUGUAAAUGAGCCUAGACUGGAGCUGAAGCCUAUACGUUUUAUCUGAGGCUUGCUGCUCCAACCUACAAGAAACUGAACUUGUAUUGCGGCUGUUGAGAGGAGACCAGUCACUCGGACAGAAUGCCUCUUGCACAACUUGCGGAGCCGUGGCCUAAAAUGGAGCUGGUGCAGCUCGAAUCGGAGAAUGGGCAGAGCACGACUGAGGACGGAGACACACCUGCUGUCAAGGAAGAUGAUGUCAUUAAGGAGAUCAACAUCACCCAUGUUGUCAAGGAGGGCUCAGAGAAGGCAGAUGCCUCCCAAUUUGAGCUGCUCAAAGUCCUGGGACAGGGGUCCUUCGGCAAGGUGUUCCUGGUACGAAAGGUGACCCCACCUGACAACAAUGAGCUGUACGCUAUGAAAGUCCUGAAGAAAGCCACCCUUAAAGUGAGAGAUCGUGUGAGGACCAAGAUGGAGAGAGACAUUCUAGCAGACGUCAAUCAUCCGUUUGUGGUGAAGCUUCACUAUGCCUUCCAGACCGAGGGCAAACUGUACCUGAUCUUGGACUUCCUGCGAGGUGGAGAUCUAUUCACCAGACUGUCUAAGGAGGUGAUGUUCACAGAGGAGGAUGUGAAGUUCUACCUGGCAGAGCUAGCUCUGGGUCUGGACCACCUGCAUGGCCUGGGCAUCAUCUACAGAGACCUUAAGCCUGAGAACAUUCUACUGGAUGAGGAGGGGCACAUCAAACUCACAGACUUUGGCCUUUGUAAAGAAGCCAUCGAUCAUGAGAAGAAGGCCUACUCCUUCUGUGGUACUGUGGAGUACAUGGCCCCAGAGGUGGUCAACCGGCAAGGACACAUCCAUAGCGCUGACUGGUGGUCGUUUGGGGUACUGAUGUUUGAGAUGCUGACAGGCUCCCUGCCGUUCCAGGGGAAGGACCGUAAGGAGACCAUGAACCUCAUCCUGAAGGCGCGUCUGGGAAUGCCCCAGUUCCUGAGUUCUGAGGCCCAGUCUCUCCUCAGAGCCCUGUUCAAGAGGAACCCCACCAACAGGAUGGGUUCUGGAGCCGACGGAGCAGAGGAGAUCAAACGCCACAGCUUCUUCUCGACAAUCGACUGGAAUAAACUGUUCAGGAGAGAGAUCAAACCUCCGUUCAAGCCAGCAGUGGCUCGUCCCGACGACACCUUCUACUUCGACUCAGAGUUCACCUCCCGUACCCCGAAAGACUCUCCGGGUAUUCCCCCCAGUGCUGGUGCUCACCAGCUCUUCAGAGGGUUCAGCUUUGUUGCCACGGCGAUGCUGGAGGAGGAGGGGUCGGACGAGUCUGCCCAGCCUGCCCCACACCCAGUGGUCCAGCAGUUGCAUGGGAAGAACGUGCUGUUCAGCGAUGGCUACAUGCUGAAGGAGGACAUCGGCAUGGGCUCCUUCUCUGUCUGCAAGCGCUGCAUCCACAAAGCAACCAGCACAGAGUAUGCUGUGAAGGUGAUUGACAAGACGAUGACGGACCCCUCAGAGGAGAUCGAGAUCUUGCUGAGAUACGGCCAGCACCCCAACAUCAUCACCCUCAAAGACGUGUAUGACAGUGGGAAGCAGGUGUUCCUGGUGACGGAGCUGAUGAGGGGGGGGGAGCUGCUGGACAGGAUCCUCAAACAGAAGUGCUUCUCCGAGAGGGAGGCCAGCUCAGUCCUCCACACCAUCACCAAGACUGUGGAGUACCUGCACUCUCAGGGGGUGGUUCACAGGGACUUGAAGCCCAGUAACAUCCUGUAUGUGGAUGAGUCUGGUAACCCCGAGUCCAUCAGGAUCUGUGACUUUGGCUUCGCCAAGCAGCUGAGGGCAAACAACGGCCUGCUGAUGACGCCAUGCUACACCGCCAACUUUGUGGCCCCUGAGGUGUUGAAGCGCCAAGGCUACGAUGAGGGCUGUGACAUCUGGAGUCUUGGAGUCUUGCUGUAUACCAUGCUGGCUGGCUUCACUCCAUUUGCCAACGGACCUGAGGACACUCCGGAGGAGAUAUUGGGCAGGAUAGGCAGUGGUCGCUUCACCCUGACUGGAAGCAGCUGGGAUGCCGUGUCUGACUCCGCCAAGGACCUGGUUUCCAAGAUGCUGCAUGUGGACCCUCACCAGCGCCUGACAGCCAUGCAGGUGCUGAAGCACCCCUGGAUCGUCCAGAGAGACAAACUUCCCACUAGUCAGCUGCCGCACCAUGACCCGAAGCUAGUCAAGGGGGCGAUGGCAGCUACGUACUUGGCCCUGAAAAGCUCCCAGCCACCUCCAGAACUCAAACCUAUCGAGUCAUCCUUCCUGGCUCAGCGACGUGUCAAGAAGCUACCUUCUACCUCCCUGUAGAGAGAAAACCACACAAUCAGCUCCUUCCUUGGUCUGACAAGGCCACACCUCCCUAUAACCAGCCACGGAAAAGGACUCUGAUUCCACCCUGCUUCCAACAUCAGCACCCUUUCACUCUCACUACAAAGAUUCUUGCCAGCUAUCAAUCACACUGGACAAGCAAGGACAUAGUUGAGGAUGGAGGGGCAGAGACUAAUCUCUGGGUGUGUGGAGGGGGGGAGGGGUGGGGGCACGGUGACAUGAGAGUGAUUGUUUAUUGUGGCAGCAGGUUUUAACCAAUGUUUGGGUCUCAUUCUGAUUGGCUAUCCUCUCUUCUCAACAUUGCUGUAAUUGGUUGUUGUUUAGCUUGCUGCACGUCUACUGGUUGAUUGGCUUUCUGUCUGUCUGUCUCUCUGUCUGUCUGGUUGUUUGUUUCCUCCUCCAGUUGAUAAGUGUUCUGUUCAAGAUCUGGUCUGGUCUCUCCAGCUCUGUGUCUCGACUCUGAUCCAUCAACCAGGAAGGGACUGACAGAAAACUAAGAGUAGAGUCCAUCUGCUCUCAUCUCCAUGCCUGCGCUCCGAAUGAACUUUCUGUUAUUGUGUAUGAUUAAAAAGUGUUUGCCAUAAAUGCCUCUUGGUCUUGGUGCGGUAGCCAGAAGAAUGUAAUUCUGGCUGAUGUUUAUUGGACAGAGUGUGUUGGUAUGUUGCAUGACUGUGUCUCUUUUGUGGGAGGGGUCACAAGGUUGUGUGCAUGGUGAUUGGUCAGCUGCAGUGAUGAUACGUGGCUUCCUCCCUUUCUGCACUCCCAAUUGGUCCGAAUGUCAAUGUAUAUAAUGAAUAGGCAGUUUGAGAAAUGUCCAAAUAUUUUUCAAGAUGAAAAGAAAAGCCCUGAGCUAGACGUGGUGGCAUGUUGUUGGAAUUAUUAUGAAUCUAUCUUUUUUUCACAGUGUUUCUUGGAUAUGCAUAUCGAAUAAUGCUGUCUUUUGUGUUUGCUUUUGUUGUUUAGUUGAGUUUGACUUUAUUCCAUAAGUGACGGUUAUUACUGUAGCCUAUAGUGCAAGGCAUUUGAAGCACUUUUAACUCCCACAACCUUUUGUUUCUCUGUUGAUGUCAUGUGACCUGGGACUGACUGUAGACUUGAUCAUAUUGACGGACUUUGAUGCACUCUCUCCAUAAAGUAUCUGAUUCAUUGAU